UGACGUAUUUGUGCGCGCCUCUUGUCGUACAUUUUGCAGAAUCACUAUGGCGUCUGUGUUGAAAGAGACUGUUGGAUUGUAUGAAACAUUGAAAGCCGAAUGGAAUAAGAAAAAUCCUAAUUUAAACAAAUGCGGGGAGAUACUGAGCAAGCUCAAGAUUUCGCUUCUUGAAUUGAAUUUUUUACCAACCACCGGGACCAAACUCGCCAAACAGCAGCUGAUUUUAGCCCGCGAUGUACUGGAAAUCGGAGCCUUAUGGAGUAUCCUGAAGAAAGACAUCCCGUCCUUUGAACGAUACAUGGCCCAGCUGAAGUGUUAUUAUUUUGAUUACAAGGAUGAGCUGUCAGAGUCAGCCUACAUCCAUCAACUGCUGGGACUUAAUCUGCUCUUCCUGCUCUCACAGAACAGAGUGUCUGAGUUUCACACAGAGCUGGAGAGGCUGAGUGCUAAAGACAUCCAGAGCAAUGUGUACAUCAGGCACCCUGUUUCAUUAGAGCAGUACCUGAUGGAGGGGAGCUACAACAAAGUUUUUCUUGCAAAAGGAAAUAUUCCUGCUGAGAGCUAUACCUUUUUUAUAGACAUUCUUCUUGACACAAUCCGUGAUGAGAUUGCAGGAUGCAUAGAAAAGGCAUAUGAGCAGAUUCAGUUCACUGAGGCAACAAGGGUGCUUUUCUUCUCAACGCCAAAAAAGAUGACAGAAUAUGCUAAGAAAAGAGGCUGGACACAGAGCCCUGAUGGUUACUACUCUUUCAGCCCUCAGCAGCAGCGGACAGAGGAAGUAACUAUUCCUUCAACAGAACUGGCCACACAAGUCAUUGAAUAUGCAAGACAGCUUGAAAUGAUUGUGUAACUCAAUUACAUAUGAACCCCUUAACUUCUACCAACACUGACUUGCUUUAGAUUGAUAUGUUGUAACUCAAUGUAAUCCACAUAUUCACAAUUUAAACAUUGUGUUGUGUGGAAAAGAUGGGUUCCCCAGGACUGGUGCUAGUAAGUAAACACAUGCACACAUCUUAUCAUUUAUUACUCACUUGUGCCUGGGUUGAGCUAAUGUAAGGAAUUGGAUAGUUCUUUGUGCACAUUUUAGUGUAAAAAAAAAUAAAGUUUGUGUAAGAAUUUUGCACAAUUUUAUAACUAAUGAUGGAAGCAAUGAAACACCUUAAUAUUUGUAUUUCAGAUAAGAACUUUAUCAGAAGCCAAAAACCUGUUGACCUGUUUAUUAUUGCCCUUUGACUGACUGCAAAAAUCUUCAGAUUUAGAUGCCCAUGCUUUGUAUCCUAGCAACUGAAUGAGGGUUAGUGUGAAAGUUUGCAGGUGCUUAUCAGUUGGUCAUUAAUUGGCUUGGUUAUAUUUAAUAAAAAAAAAAAAAUCUUUAAUCGUUUUAAGUUAAUUAUGAUGGGUAACUUUAAAUUAGUUUCUUUUUCCAAACUCCACUUAUCAUUGCCUUUAAAAACUGUAUGUGUGUACUUUGACACACAAUCAACACAUCAAUCUAAAGGUAAACAUUGUUGUUUAUGUUCACCUCGUGUUAAAAUUCAUUGAAUACUAUUGUGUUAACAUAGUAAAAUUUUUGAAAAACAAA